GCUGUUCCGUCACUCACGACAAUCCUCCUGCCUCAGCCUCCCGAGUGCUGGGCUGACAGUGGGGCACAUGCCGCUACUUUCUGCUCUUUGUAGUUUGUGUGCGUAUGUAUGUACUGCUUGAGAGGUGUCUUUCUCGCUUCUUUAGUUCCAUCCGCGCUUGUAUCUGAGUGGGGCGUCUCAGCGACGGUGGGUACCUGAGUGGCACAGAAGUUGUGGGUACUAGUGAGUCAACCAGUACAGUCGCUAGGAACCAAACGCAGGACAGUGCAAGAACAGCGGCACUCUUGACAUCCGACCCCGCCCCCAGCCCCUGCCUAGCGGUGCACACACCAUGCUUGCUUGAGGUGGGCUUGCUUGGAGCUCACUAAGUAUCUGAGGAUGGCCCCGAACUCCUGAUCUUCCAGCCUUCCCCUCCCCAGUGCUGCUGUGACAGCUACCCGGCCCCUGGAGUCCUGCGCAAGCCAGCCGCCAUGGCCACCUUCAGGCAGGAGGACGUGGAGGAGCAUUAUGAGAUGGGGGAGGAGCUGGGCAGCGGCCAGUUUGCCAUCGUGCGCAAGUGCCAGGAGAAGGGCACGGGCAUGGAGUACGCGGCCAAGUUCAUUAAGAAGCGGCGCCUGCCGUCCAGCCGGCGCGGGGUGAGCCGGGAGGAGAUCGAGCGCGAGGUGAGCAUCCUGCGCGAGAUCCGGCACCCCAACAUCAUCACGCUACACGACGUGUUCGAGAACAAGACGGACGUGGUGCUGAUCCUGGAGCUGGUGUCCGGCGGGGAGCUCUUCGACUUCCUGGCUGAGAAGGAGUCGCUGACGGAGGACGAGGCCACGCAGUUCCUCAAGCAGAUCCUGGACGGCGUCCACUACCUGCACUCCAAGCGCAUCGCGCACUUCGACCUGAAGCCCGAGAACAUCAUGCUGCUGGACAAGCACGCGGCCAGCCCGCGCAUCAAGCUGAUCGACUUCGGCAUCGCGCACAGGAUCGAGGCGGGCAGCGAGUUCAAGAACAUCUUCGGCACGCCCGAGUUCGUGGCCCCCGAGAUCGUCAACUACGAGCCGCUGGGCUUGGAGGCCGACAUGUGGAGCAUCGGUGUCAUCACCUACAUCCUCCUGAGUGGGGCGUCCCCGUUCCUGGGGGAGACCAAGCAGGAGACGCUGACCAACAUCUCGGCCGUCAACUAUGACUUCGACGAGGAGUACUUCAGUAGCACCAGCGAGCUGGCCAAGGACUUCAUCCGCAGGCUGCUGGUCAAGGACCCCAAGAGGAGGAUGACCAUCGCGCAGAGCCUGGAGCACUCCUGGAUCAAGGUGCGCAGGCGCGAGGAGGGCGCCCGGAAGCCGGAGCGGCGGCGGCUGCGCGCGGCGCGCCUGCGCGAGUACAGCCUCAAGUCGCACUCGAGCAUGCCGCGCAACACGAGCUACGCCAGCUUCGAGCGCUUCUCGCGCGUGCUGGAGGACGUGGCGGCGGCGGAGCAGGGCCUGCGGGAGCUGCAGCGGGGCCGGCGCCAGUGCCGGGAGCGCGUGUGCGCGCUGCGCGCGGCCGCCGAGCAGCGGGAGGCGCGCUGCCGCGACGGGAGCGCGGGGCUGGGCCGCGACCUGCGGCGCCUGCGCUCGGAGCUGGGGCGCACGGAGGCCCUGCGCACGCGGGCGCAGGAGGAGGCGCGCGCGGCGCUGCUGGGCGCCGGCGGCCUGAAGCGCCGCCUGGGCCGCCUGGAGAACCGCUACGACGCACUGGCGGCGCAGGUGGCCGCCGAGGUGCAGUUCGUGCGCGACCUGGUGCGCGCGCUGGAGCAGGAGCGGCUGCAGGCCGAGUGCGGCGUGCGCUAGGCCGCGGCCCGGGGGCCCCGGCGGCCGCCCCGCACCCCACCCCACCCCGGCCUCGCGAGUCCCAGAAUAAAGCUGCUUUUCACGCACUGCCGCGAGUGUUCCACGGGGCGGGCGGGCGGGCGGCCCCUCCAC